UUGACAUAUAGUUAUUUUUCCAGCGCAAGAAAACGACGACAGAGAUCCUAGAGCGACUAGAGACAAAAAUCAAGAGCAUAGAAGAAGAUGGCCAGUACAAGGAGCAAACUCACAAGCGGGUCAUCGGCUACGUCAUGGCGUAUUCUGUCGGCUUGUAUGUCGUGUUCGCCAUACUAUAUUACUAUAUGUAUGUUGGGAAAAGUCAACAUUGGCUCCAUUCUUUGAUUUACGCGUCGCCUCUUCUCGUUCUGCCAAUAUUAGUAAUAUUCCUUCGCACUGCCAUAUCUUGGUAUUACAACUGGACUCUUAACAAGAGCAGGAUAAAACUGACAAAGAUGCGAGAGGAGAAGAAGAAGAUUCUAGAAGAAGUAAUGAACACGGAGACAUAUAAGAUUGCGAAGGAAAUACUCGACAAAUACGGCAGUCCAGAAGAGCAAUCUAAGGGGCUCAAGCCGUUCGUUCCAACGUCCAACGUGCCCGGUAAACUACCCACGCCUAGUCAAUCACCAAUCCCAGCAACUCCAGGUCAGUUGAGACAGCGUCAACUAGCCUUGGCUAGUUCAACGCCCGUGUCUAACAAUAUGAAUGUAUUGGCUCUCAACAAUUCCGUGACUUUGUACAAAGGGCCCAGACUUAGAUCUGACCAGCUACCGCGACCUCUUCUAGACAGGAACAGGUCAGCUUUGGACAAAGUUGUGGAUUACAUACUGAAGGAUGGCCCCAGCAAUCGUAUGGCACUUAUAUGCGGCGCCUGCUUUUCGCAUAAUGGUAUGGCAAUGAUAGAGGAGUUCGACUAUGUGUCGUACAACUGUGCUUACUGCGGCAAACACAAUCCGGCGCGUAAACAGAGACCUCAUGCACCAUUAUUACUGCAGAAUCAUUUGCCUAUCACCGCUGGCAACGCUGACGAUUCUUCCAUCGCAAGUUCCGCGAGCGAUAGUGAUGAGGAGAAAAACGAAUCUUCUAAAGUUGGGUCAGGGGUAGAAUCGGAUCGCCCCCCCUCUUCCAUGGAAGAGGAGCCAAAAUCCCCGACCGAGAAGAAAGAAGACUGA